AUGAUUCACGUUGUAGCAUUUGCUGAAUUAGAAAAGGAGAAAGCGGAUCUACUUGCAGAGCUGGCUACAUACAAAAGCCUUAACAUUACACUGCAGCAGAACCUAAAUGAAGUGCUACAAAGAGCCUUCUCAAAAACAGGUCCAUCUCUUCUUAACAGACCUUCUGCAUCUUUUGAGAGCAAACCUGACGGAGGACCAGACGAGCUGCCCAAUAGUUCAGAGGGCAACAACCCACCUCUGAAUAAAAACACUUCUCAAUCAACUCUGAGCCUUUAUGAAAUAAAGGAUGGCACGAUCCACAUAGGAGAAAAUAUUUGGAUUAGAGAAGAGGUGUGGAGGAAAAUGACAUCCACCACGAAGGAUUCUCUCUUUGUAAAAGAGAUGGCUGUGGCAUUGUGGGGGACAGCCACUUUACAAAGAAGAAGUGUGUCAGGAAAGGAGUGUCCCACAAACAGACAUUCUCAAAAGCCUCCCCUGACACCCUCCAAGUUGCAUGUUUUGAGAGUCAGUUUCAGUGACUGGCUGAAACAAAAGGAGCCUGAAAGAGGAGAGAGAGAGAAGAGGGGGAAACAAGUGUGGCAUUACAUAUCCCAAAAACUACAAGAUAUCAUAAAAAAAAGAAAGAAAAAAUGAAAAUGUAUAAUAUGUUAUUGUUCACCUUCAGUUAAUUGUUGAUAUAGUUUUCAUAAAAUCAUUUUAAUAAUUCCAAUAAUUUUGUAAAUAUUUGUUAGAAUAGCGAUGUUUUGCCUGCAAGAUUAAAUUAAAAAAAUGUUAACGUGGUUGCUUGUGGUCCUGCAGAUUAUUUAAAGUAAAAUUGGAAUGAUUUAAUUUGUCACAACACUCACUGACAGGAAAAUUGGGUCAAACACUGUGUGAUCAAUCAAAUCAAACAGUCAG